AUGGUUUUUUCAGAUUCGGUGAGAAGCCGUACAACGGCGACGGUGAGUCGACGUCUUCUGAAGUGGCAGGACGAAGGUCCGCACUCCUACAGAAUUCUAGCCAAGCCACUCAGCGCCGUUCAGGACUCUUCUUUGCAGAGAUUCCUGGCUGCUCAGAGGUUUUUCUUUUCCCUUUUUCAGCAAAUAAGCAACAUCCAGACUGGAUGUUCAACAACGAUACGAAGAAAUUUUCAACGAAGAAACCAACGACCGACUUCGGCAAUGGCAGAACCUCAAAAGACAGCCUCUUUCCCUGUCUCAGGUACAUGGGAAGAGGAACUUUUUCGAUUCGAAACAUUUUCAGAAGUCGCAUGAAAAGUUUAUUUUCGAAGAGGAACUUGAGGCGUUCAAGAAGCUUCGUUAUGAAAGCAAGGCAACUAGAUUAUUAGAAACCGUCUUCAAAGGUUUUUGAAGCUAUUUUUUCAUUUUCAUCGUCUCAUAGGAAUAACGGUUCGACACGAGAUCCAGCCAUCUCUGGGAGAGCAAGUUUUCUUCGAGUUUCCUCUUGAAAACACGUUCGCUGAGCCGAUUAGUUGUGUUAUAGAAAUGGAUGAUCCUGCCUUGAGGUUGAUUUUUUCUAGUUUCGAAUAAGAUCCAUCAAGUCCGAAUUCAGAGUAAUAUUUUCUGUAGACGAAUGGGAGUUCAACAAAAAAGCCCACAAAUUGCAGACGCCCAUGGAAAAAGGAAUGUUCCGACAAGUUGGUAAUCAAAUUGAGGUCGUCUUUUCAUGAUUUGAAAUAUAUAAUCAUAAUUUUUCCAGGUUUAUCUCAAACCUCGUGAGACGAUCUUUGUCCCAUUUUUGUACAACGCUUUCAAAAACUCAAAUGAGCAUGAGCUUUUCGCGACAAAGGUUUCCAUUUUACUUUUUUUUUGUUAAUGAAAAUCUACUCCAUUUUGAAUUCCUUCGUAUAAUUUACCGAAAUAGUCUUUGGGGAACAAAAAGGUCUCCGAUUCGAGCUUGAUCCCGUCAGUGGCGCCGCAACUCUUUCUCUGACAUGUGCUAUUUCUUCGUCCCCUCCAACGAAAUAGCGUGCGUCAGAGAAAGAGCUGAUGCGAUGAAGCCCCUUUUGUCGGCUUAUGAGAAGCUUGAUAUAAAUUUUCUGUCUCCGACUCGAGACGGUUUACGCGUUUCACUAUGUUAUAGAGCAAGGGUCGCCAAAAAAUUUGAAAGUUUUCUCUCAACUUUACUUUUAUUUGAUUUCGCAAUUUUAUUCUUAAAUUCCAAUUUUUUGGUUUCAAGCUGUUGGCCCUUACUUCAGUUUUCAAUUAACAUCUGAUCAUUUUUUAAAAUUUAAAAUUUUAAAUACACCUCACCUUUCGAAAACGUUUUGCAUUCAAUAAGAGAAAUGACGUCAUUUCAAGGUGAUAUUCCGUCGAUGGGACUCGAAAGAGCCGUUCUCCAUCCUCGACCUCCACGUUCGGAACAGAUCCCACUGCCUGCAGCACAGCUUCGUGUUUGUCGGCGAGGCGAGGACCAACUUCGAGCGCGCGGUCCAAGUCCCAAGUCUUCCUGGGAAUCGUCGCGUCGCCUCCGUCCGCUGCAAUGAUCCCUCCGUCAAGGCCUCUCAUCGCAACGUCGGGCUUCAUCAGAUUUUGAACGUGUCGGCAAGUUUUCUUUCAUCUUUGUUCAUCGACAUACAGUAACGAGCUUGGGUGAGGCAACAAACGGUUUUGUAUUUCAAAAACGCUGUGAACUAUAAUUUACAUCAAAUUUUUUUCCCCCGUUUUUUGAGUGGUUUCCUUUUUUUGAAGAUGCUCAGUGAAUUAAAGAAUAAAUUCUCUCACACUCCUUCAUUAAUUUAGUUUUUAGGCUUAUUCUGGAGAUCCUGGCGAGCAACAUACAUUCUUAGUAUUCCUUUAUAGCGACAUGUAUGAAAGCAGGUAA